UCCCUCUCCCUCUCUCGUCGUUCUUUAAAACCCUACGCACAGGAGAGAGAAGAGAGAGUGAGUUGAGUUGAGUUGAGUUGAGUUGAGUUCAUUUAUAUAUAACCCCCUCAUUUAAUUCUGUGCAGACAAAAUCCCAGCACACCUUCAGAGAGAGGGAGAGAGAAAGAGGGAGUGCGAAAGCUUUUAACAAAAUUAAAGUUAGCAAGUAUAUUUAACAUGGGUCACCACUCAUGCUGCAACCAGCAAAAGGUGAAGAGAGGGCUUUGGUCUCCUGAGGAAGACGAGAAGCUCAUCAGAUACAUCACCACUCAUGGCUAUGGCUGUUGGAGCGAAGUCCCUGAGAAAGCUGGGCUUCAAAGAUGUGGGAAGAGUUGUAGGUUGAGGUGGAUAAAUUAUUUGAGGCCCGACAUCAGGAGAGGCAGAUUCACUCCUGAGGAGGAGAAGUUGAUCAUCAGCCUCCAUGGGGUCGUAGGCAACAGAUGGGCUCAUAUUGCGAGCCACUUGCCUGGGAGAACAGACAACGAGAUAAAAAAUUACUGGAAUUCAUGGAUCAAGAAGAAAAUUCGAAAGCCUUCCCCAGCUUCUCUGACAAAUGUUCCUCCCAGUACGUCUUCCGAGCACUCCCUUUUGAGCAACAGCUCAAAUCAACUCAGCUGCGCAAUGCCGGAUUUAAUGGCAGCGAAGAUGCCCGUACAGGAAACCCUAUUUUCUUCCCCUUGUCCUUUAUUUAUGUUCGAUACUGCCUCGCUCGAAGGGCUUGCAGAGAGUAACGAACAACAAGAGCUUUUCACUGAAGCAGUCACGGUGAAUUCCGCCGGCACCUGGAACUUAAAUCACCAGCAAUUCCACACCACACUUCUGCCACCUCCCCCGCCUUAUACAAGUGGAAGCGCGGAUGCUAAUUAUUUGCCACCAUUGAUAGAAAAUGUAGAGAACAUGUUGAAUAUCGGAGCACAAUCUAGUAACAUCGAUGAGGAAGGAGAUCGAAUAGCCCUAGAAUGCUUUCAGAGGCAGGAGUUGAACGAAUGGGUCGAAUCCCACCAGUGCCCAAAUUUUCUCUUGUGGGAUAAUGUGGAAGGGCCUUUCGGCGGAGAAGACAUUGUGCCGGCUUCAUCAACUGCAGGAGCUUCUACUAUGUCUUCCUUCCCUUCAUCUCUCAUCUCUAGGGUUUUUUCCUGCAAUAGCUGCACCUGUUUCUGCGGCAUAGCUCUUGGGUUUUCGCUCGUUGCUGCCGUCGCUUCCUGUGUACACCGUGCUCUGCUCAUCGCCAACAUGAUUAUUCCUGAGAAGAACCGCCGUGAGAUCUCGAAGUACCUCUUCCAAGAGGGAGUUUGCUUUGCGAAGAAGGACUACAAUCUCGCAAAGCACCCGGAAAUAGAUGUCCCAAACCUGCAGGUGAUAAAGCUUAUGCAGAGCUUCAAAUCAAAGGAGUAUGUGACGGAGACGUUUGCUUGGAUGCACUAUUAUUGGUAUCUCACCAAUGACGGGAUUGAGUUUCUGAGAACCUACCUCAACCUCCCUUCUGAAAUUGUCCCUGCCACCCUGAAGAAACAAGCUAAGCCACUUGGUCGGCCCUUGGGUGGUCCACCUGGUGAUCGUCCCCGUGGCCCACCAAGAUUUGAGGGAGAAAGACGAUUUGGUGACCGUGAAGGUUAUCGUGGAGGUCCUAGAGGACCUGGUGGUGAGUUCGGUGACAAGGGUGGAGCACCUGCUGACUACCGCCCUUCAUUUGGGGGACCUGGUGGAAGACCAGGCUUCGGCCGUGGAGGUGGUGGAUAUGGUGCUGCAUCAGCUAGCUCAGAUUUGGCUUGAAUGGUUGACAAGAUUAAUAGCCAUGAAUUUUGUAGGGCGGUAAUAGGAAGGGUGACUGAGUCAAUGGGGUUGUUUUUCCUUAUAGUUUCAAAUUAGGUGUCUUUCAAGAGAUUUUAUACUUCUGUCCUUUAUGCUACUAUACCAGCUCAGCCAAGAUUGUCUUUAUAUAAUCGUUGUUAACAUCGUGUUUGUGACAAAGAAGUUAAUAAUUUAUCCUGUUCGGUGCAGAAGUAGAAAAUUCAUCA